CUGUCCGUGGGCCUCGGUAAACUUGCCGCUAUUACAGGAGGGCAGUGAAGACCACGCUGCUGAGCGGUAAGCGUAGAGAACCUGAGGAUUGUGACGGUAAAGGUGUCGUUUGUCAAACGAUUCGCAAGCGACGAUGGACCAGUCGACCGGUCGGACUCAUAAUGAGGCUGCUGGUCUUGUUCACAUACAAGAACCUCCAAGCAUUAUGGAAAGCCCUACAGAAUGCCUUUAAGAUAGGACAUUUCUGGGAACGGCUAGGGCCCCAGUACGCACCGCGUGGAGAAUGCCCGCAUUGCAAAGUGCCCGAGUCGAUGGAGCAUAUCUUGAUUGAAUGCUCAAUCGAAGGGAGAGCCACACUAUGGAAUUUAGCGCAAGAGUUGUGGGAAAAGAAAAACCAGGCGUGGAUCCCCCCGACCUACGGCGUAGCUCUUGGAGCAACCCUGGUGCAAAUCCGGACUACAGAAGGGAAAGUAGACCGCGGUGCGACGAGACUGUACAGAAUAUUGAUGACAGAAACCGUACACCUCAUCUGGAAAAUACAAUGUCAGCGCCGGAUACAAAGAGGAGAUGAUGACACCACAAAAUGGCACACCCGUGAUGAAGUAAGAAGUCUGUGGACUGAUGCGAUGAACCGUAGGUUGAUGAUAGAUUGUCUAUUAAGCAACAGAUGCAAGUAUGGAUCGAAGGCACUGAAGAAGAAGACAAUCUUAGCGACAUGGCGAGGAACGCUGUAUAACGAGAAGGCCCUACCGGAAGACUGGACGUAUCAGACCGGGGUUUUAAUCUUCCGGGUCACCUCGUUUAAAACUUUCUUCCGUCCAUUGGGGCCUGCCCCUCCUCCCCAAGCGAGCGAGCUGGUUUGA